UCCACACGCAGCGGCCCUCGCCUCCUCGCUGUGCCCUGUUGUCUUUGGCGGAGGCGAGCGGAGCGACCGGCCCCGGCGCUACGUCAAUGGCUCACCUCUGUAUCCGUCACAGAGAGAGGCCUCGGCGGAUAGAGUGAUUGGACGUACCAGCCGUCUGACAAGCGGACAGCGAAGACACAGCGCGGUUUGGACUCAUUGAGUCUGCGCUAACAGAAAAAGAGGAGGUUCCUCGAAUAGAGUCCUUUAUUUAUUUCUUUGUUUCCAGUGUGGGGGGGAAAAAUAAUAAUAACAGCGACAUAUACCACAGGCACUUCAUUUAUUAUCUUUGUCCGUAUACACAAGAAAACUGGAUAAGAUUACAGCCGCUACUCGAAGGCCAAAGCCAAGGGGAGGAGGAUGAAGCGGCGCAAUGCGGACUGCAGCAAACUCCGACGGCCGUUAAAACGGAACCGAAUCACUGAGGGUAUAUACGGCAGUACCUUCCUCUACCUGAAGUUCCUGGUGGUGUGGGCACUGGUGCUACUGGCAGACUUUGUACUGGAGUUCAGGUUUGAGUACCUCUGGCCGUUCUGGCUCUUCAUCCGGAGUGUGUACGACUCCUUUAGAUACCAGGGGCUGGCCUUCUCAGUAUUCUUUGUGUGUGUUGCGUUUACCUCGGACAUCAUUUGCCUCCUCUUCAUCCCAGUGCAAUGGCUAUUCUUCGCUGCCAGUACCUAUGUGUGGGUGCAGUAUGUUUGGCACACAGAGAGAGGCGUCUGUCUGCCCACCGUGUCUCUAUGGAUACUGUUUGUGUACAUAGAGGCAGCCAUCAGAUUCAAAGACCUGAAGAACUUCCACGUGGACUUGUGUCGACCUUUUGCUGCACACUGCAUCGGAUACCCAGUGGUCACGCUGGGCUUCGGCUUCAAGAGUUACGUAAGCUAUAAGAUGCGCCUCCGGAAGCAGAAGGAGGUGCAGAAGGAGAACGAGUUUUACAUGCAGCUCUUGCAGCAGGCUCUGCCUCCAGAGCAACAGAUGCUUCAGAGGCAAGAGAGAGAAGCAGAAGAAGCAGCAGCAGCGGCAAAAGGAAUAUCUGAAGUGGACACACCUCCAGUGUCACAGAAUGGCGCGCCAGCCAAUAAAAAGACAUCGGCACCACUGCCAGAGUUAGAGUAUAGAGAAAAAGGGAAAGAGGGAAGGGGCGGCGGGGAGGCUAAAAAGCAGCACAACAGCAACAGCAUCCUGCCAUCAUCAGUGGACUCUAAACUCCAGGAGAUGGAGUAUAUGGAGAACCAUAUGAACAACAAGAGACUGACCACAGAGCUGGGCAGCACAGAGAACCUGUUGCUUAAAGAGGACAACAAUUCCUCCUGCUCGUCCUCGUCCUCAUCCUCUUCCAAAAACUACAAAAAUGCUAGCAGCAACGCCGCAACGCUUAACUCCUCGCCCCGCGGCCACAGUGCUACCAACGGCAGCGUGCCCUCCUCCGCGCCGUCAUCGUCCUCCUCCGCGGGGAAGAACGAGAAGAAGCACAAGUUAGCAGUGGGGAAGGGGACGUCGGGCGGCUCCCACAGGGAUCCCACAGACAAUUGUAUCCCCAACAACCAGCUGAGCAAGCCAGAAGCACUUGUUAGAUUGGAGCAGGAUGUUAAGAAGUUGAAGGCAGACCUGCAGGCCAGCCGGCAGGUUGAGCAGGACCUGCGCAGCCAGAUUGGCUCGCUGGGCAGCGCUGAGCGCUCCAUACGCACUGAGCUGGGCCAACUGCGCCAGGAGAACGAGCUGCUGCAGAACAAGCUCCAUAAUGCUGUGCAGGCAAAGCAAAAGGACAAACAGGCGGUGGGCCAACUGGAGAAGAGGCUCAAAGCAGAGCAGGAGGCUCGAGCCACCGCAGAGAAACAACUCGCAGACGAAAAGAAGCGAAAGAAGUUAGAGGAGGCCACAGCAGCCAGAGCAGUAGCACUAGCAGCAGCAUCCAGAGGGGAGUGCACAGACACGCUGCGGCGGCGGAUCACUGAAUUAGAAACAGAGUGUAAGAAACUAACAAUGGACAUCAAGCUAAAGGAGGACCAGAUCAGAGAGCUUGAAUUGAAAGUUCAGGAGCUUCAUAAAUAUAAAGAGAAUGAAAAAGACACAGAGGUGCUGAUGUCGGCGCUGUCAGCCAUGCAGGAUAAGACCCAGCACCUGGAGAACAGCCUGAGUGCAGAGACCAGGAUCAAACUGGACCUCUUCUCUGCGCUGGGAGAUGCCAAGAGACAGCUGGAGAUUGCACAAGGUCAGAUCCUGCAGAAGGACCAGGAGAUAAAAGAUCUGAAGCAGAAGAUAGCCGAAGUGAUGGCCGUCAUGCCCAGCAUCUCCUACACAGCCGACACCAGCAGCAUGACCCCCGUGGCCCCCCACUACUCCUCCAAGUUCAUGGACACCAAUCCCUCCGGCCUAGAUCCCAACGCCUCCGUUUACCAGCCACUGAAAAAGUGAACGCUUCGUCCCCCGCACCCCCUCCUCGCCUCUCUCCAUCCUCCCUCCAUCAUUUUUUUUUUCUUCUCCUCCCCCUCCCUCCACCCGCAGGCCCACCAACCUUCCAAUCUGCUCGGCAUGUCUGCGGCUGAGAACCUUGUUUUUUUUCUUGGGUUUUUAUUUUUCUCCUCGCCAGGUCAGAAGGAUGUUGUAUCGUGUGACUGUAUUUGUUGUAGUUAAAACAAAAGACAAAAAAACUUAAAAACGGACAUCACAUGUCAACUAGGGAGUCCCAGUAUUUUUUUUUUCUCUCUUAAGUGUCUAGUGAAACCUCACAGAAUCGGGUUUGUAUCUUCAUCUCAAGGGUGUUUCCCACUGCUACUACUGCAACCAUCUGCAACCAGUUACCUGCUCUUUGGUCCUGGGAAUAGCUGCUUUAUUAUUUUAGGAUGAUUUUUUUUCCCCUCCUAAAAGAAUUGAAAACAGAGUUCUCCUUUACCACACAGUCAUACAGCCUUACUUGUACCCCGAUUUCUUUGACACAUUGUUUUCUCUCAAGGUAGUAUGGCGACAUCUGUACAACCAGAGGAAUGUAGUGCAAAGUUGGCACAGACGCCCCUGUUGUUGUUUUUGUUUUAACACGCCAAAUCAACCCUGCUCUCAGCUGCUUUGGGGUUUUGGUGGUAGAUAGUUUUUUAAAAGUGUAUCGUGUGGUUCUAUUUGUUCACUCUUUAAGAUUCAAGUGUUGACUUCAGCAGGCUGGAAGUGUUGGGGAAAGAUCUUGUGUUGUAAGCAGAAACAUGGACAUUUUUUAAAAAUUAAAUGAACCCAAGCAGCUCCCUAUGAGUUUCUUUGAGUUGAACAAAGAGUACAGUAAGAGACGAAGUCCGUGUGUGCGCGCUAGUGUGCCGGCUUCACAUAGUCUUUCAUCAGUUGUCAUGAUCACAGUGCCUUGAGUUGAGGACAUAAAGUGAGUUUGAUGAUAAGAUACGACCCAACCCUUCUAAAUUAGCGGUGAAGCUUCUGGCCAAGCCGGAAAGGAUAAGAAUUUGACCUCGCCUAGUGACGUGGGACAAAGCUGCCUUUGGGACUCCUUACUGAUUUUCCAACUGGUAGGAGGUCUGAUCCACCGUACACACUCGAGGGCAGCUUUGUCCUUUUAUGUUAGUCACAUUCAACAGAUCCAUUGGACAAAGACUCUUGCAUUAUUCUCCUAUUUGCCUAUUGUCAGUAUGUUCCAUCCUUCACAGAGUCUACUGCAUACAGGUCUCCGGCUCGUAACGUGUCCCCUCACAGAAGUUCAUCUCUUCUGCUAUGUUGAACCCCAAAAUCUUUCGGUUUAGCUGCUGUGGCCCCCCCUUGUUUCUCUUUUUGAUUUCCAAUUUCGAAGUUGCACUGUAGAAAACACACGCUAUUUGAAAGGGAAAACUGUAAAGACGGACCGUGCAAUGUAAACAAAGCUUUGGAAAUGCCAACCUUGAUAUAGCAGUUAAAUGAUUUUAUUUAAUUAAUCCUCCACUUCAGUUCAUGUGCCAAGACUGGAAUGCUUAUUUCUCUAGUAAUAUGUAAGAAUGUACUGCAGAUACAUUGGCUGACGUGUUUGUCAAAUAUCCAGUUGAAUAUCACUUAAUGGAAGUUUCUGUUCAGCAGGUAGAGAAAGUGGUCACCUGUUUGUAGUAGACCGUGUAGUUAAAAGUAAGGGACUAGAAAAGUCAACGUUUCCUUUUUUUGUGAAUGUUACAGUAUUUGCAACUGUUGGGCAAGUGGCUGUUUUUUCAAAGCAGUUUUCCUUAACUCCUGUUUCUGGUAUUAUUGUCUUUUUUUUUCCUGCAGGGAGAAAAAUCGCUCGAGUCUGAUGUGGUUUCACCAUCAUCUGAAAAUGGUCAUUGUUGUGCGUGUGGUUUUCACCUACUAUAAAUGGAGAAGCUUUUUUUUUCUCUCUCUAUCGCUCAGAACGCUAUCAUUGGCUCCUGGAAAAAAAAAUAUGUUGUGAAAAUUACAGUUUAGUCAGUUGUUUUGGUCAACUGAUUGAGAGUAUAGAGAAGUGUUUUGUUUGUUUUUUGUUUUCUAUGCCCACAGUCACUGCUCUGUUCUCCCCAGGUCUGACCUUGGCUGUGCUCUCGCUCUGUGAGGUUUACAAGGAAUAAACAUUUUUUUCUUGCAAAUUGA